CCCCUCUCUGUUCCUAACCACCAUGUCCUCACCCGACAGGACGACGGAGCAGCUGCGCUCAGCCAGCAAGGGCUUUGAUUUCCUCUUCUCGAAUGCCAUUGCUGAUGCCCAAACGGAGUUCACAAACGACGAUUCGCCGUUUCAUUCCCUGGGCGCUGGCGUUUGCGUGUUUUUGGAGGCCGCCAUGGGAAUGGAGUCGGCAAAGAUGGAAGAAGCCGCAAAGUCGCUGGCCCAGUCCGAGGCUGGAUCCAGAAAGCAAAUGAAGGCUGUCAAAAGCAGGACCAACGCGCGGCUACCCCCCGGAAUUGAGUGGGAGAUAGUGAAUGUUGAUUCUGUCGUUCUGUUGGGGAUAACGCAUGCGCUCGGCGAAUCGUAUAUGGGAUAUCUUCAAUGCAUAUAUUCUCUUAAUAGCGCCCAUUCCAAAUUUACCAAAUUAUUCAAGACCGUGUUCCCCAAUGGUCUAGAUGGGUAUCGAACGCCGGCCGCGUCACCAUCCGUAUCCCGAAAGCCUUCCAAUCCCAGUAUCCGUUCCGUCUCCACCAACGCUACUAAGACAAGUUUUUUCAGCAAAUGGUCUGGCGGUUCCACACUGGCGGUGCCGCAACCUAUCAUUCCUGAAGGUCCCGUUGAAGAGCUUAUCAUCUCCGGGACGGCUUUCGGCUUUGGAUUAUUUAACCUCGUCUUCUCUCUGCUGCCUAAACGUAUACAGGGUGUCGUCGGUUUCUUUGGUUUCAAGCAUGAUCGCAAGCUCGCUUUACAAGCUCUUGCGGUCUCUGCCGCUAAAACUGACGUGCAUUCUGUUUUUGCUGCCCUGGUGCUAAUGACAUAUCACGGUGUCGUUCUCCUUCUUUCCGGCUAUCAGGCAGAUGAGGCGCACAUUCUCAAGCAAUACGGUGCAAUGGUAGCCAGUGUUAGCGAACGCUAUCCGGCCGGCUCGUUGUGGAUAUUGAACCAGGCCAAAAUAAAGCGUAUGUCAUACGAUGCUCCAGGGGCUAUUGCAGUUCUGAGAGAUGGGUUGAAGCCUGACAGAGAGGCGUCGUUUAAGCAGGCCGAUACGCUGCUUGUGUUCGAGCUGGCCUGGACGUUGCUGGCCGAGAGAAGAUAUGAGGAAGCCGCCAUUGAAUUCAUACGGUUGACAGAGCUGAACAACUGGAGCCCUGCCACCUACUAUUUCAUUGCUACCGGUUGCUACAUCACUAUCGGUGACCUAGACAAGGCACAAGAAUUAUUCGACGCCAUUCCUGGGAUGAUUGAUAAGCGAAAGAUGGGCGGAAAAGAUUUGCCGAUGGAGGUCUUGAUCAAGAAGAAGAUCGAGUUCUACAAGGAAAAACAGAAACGACGGGGCGGAGACGAGAAGAAACUUGUGCAGUGCAUGAAGAUCAGUCCGGCCGAAGAGAUGGCGAUAUUCUGGAACACACACGAGCGCAUCUCGAAAUCGGUCGCUAAGGCUCAUAUUCGAGAUUGGGCAUCGCUUACGCCGCGAUCCAGCUUACGGAGUGCAUUCAUGGAAACUCUCGACUUACCUCUUCCCCCUGCCGGUGUACCACUAGACCUGGAUACGCCUGAUGAGCUCGCAUUGCGGUCGCUGCUACUCGGCAUCGUUCACCGGGUGACAGAGGACUUUCAGUCUUCCCGAGCGUUCUUCCAGGACGCGAUUGGCAAGCAUGGAGAUAUCCGCGUCAGCACCUGGAUCAGUGGUCUGGCGAUGUUUGAAUUAGCAGUUGUUGAUUUGAAAGAGAAGGAGGCGGGAGGGAAGGAAGGUGAUGGAUGGGAGGAAGUUCUAGAGGGUGCCGAGGCAAAGCUGGACAAAGCUAUGGCUUUGGCGCCGAAUUCUACAGAUUUGUCGUCAAGGUUGGAUAGCCGUAUCUCGAUGCUCAGGGAGGAAAUUGGGAUUAAGAGGGAGAUGCUUGCAGCAAAGAUAGAGCAAUAGAGGGCAGGAAAUCUCUUAUUCAUUAUCUUCAAAUGCGUUACGGGGUGGAUAGGAAGCUUACAGCGGAUGUAGACUCACGAAAUAAUUGCAUUUUUUUCAUACCACCGGAAUAUCGGACA